AUGGUAUUGGAAACUGGUUCCGGUGUCCCCUUCUCCUCUGUGGUGUCCCUUCCCCUCUGUGUUGGACCCUCCCUCUCUCAGGUGUCCCUGUCCCUCUGUGUUGGCCCCGCCCCUGAGUCCGGGAAUAAACCUCCUGUGGUAACGUAUAACCCUCGCUGUUCUGUGUUUGACCCGUGUUGCCGCAAAGAAACACACCACGCCAUCCAUGUUAUGAACGAGGGGCGGAGACUGAUUGUGAUCCGUUACAGGAAAGACAAAGUGCAGUCCAAGCUGACUCCAACCUUCCCCCUGGUUUCUGGACUCAAGGACCUGUCCAACGGUUGUGCUCUGGCUGCUGUCCUUCACUACUACUGCCCUGCACUGCUGCCGCUGGAGGACGUUUGCCUGAAGGACACCAUGUCGGUGGCAGACAGUGUGUACAACCUGCAGCUCAUCAGGGCUUUCUGCAACACACACCUCCAGCAGUGCUGCCCCCUGCAAGUGGAAGACCUGCUGUACACGCCGCCUCUGCUGCAUACCAACAUCCUAGCCUUCCUGGCGGAGCUCAUGGACUUUUUUGAGGUCCAGAAGCCGGAUUUUGUGCAACCACUGCAGCCAGUGGACCUGACUGAUAUCUCCGGAGUCCUGGACUGCACCAGCCCAGUCGGCUGCCACACAAACAGUUCUCCUUCAUACAUUUUCAAGCAGCCAUUUGUUCCUGUUCCUUCUGAAGUAUCAGCAGAGAACCAGAGCUGGACCAAGAAGCAGAUCAGUGGGCCCCUGUCUGCCGUGGCUUUCAGCAUCCCCUUUGGCCUGGACAGCGAUGUGGACAUAGUCAUGGGAAACCCAAUUGACUUUGUGCUCGGCCCCGUCAGUAGCGCCAGCCGCGAUGUCCCGGCCCCUGCCUACAGCCCCCCCGAGGAUCUCAGCCACUUGAUGAGCAACUCAGCCCCCGCCCCGCGCUCAUGGGGCCCCUACUGCACCCCCAUGGGAGAACUGCCCACUAUCGAGGAGGUCCUGCAGCUACAGGUGGGUGUUUCUCCCAGGGAGAUGCACGAACCCCUGGGGCCCCCUGAGCUCCUUCAGCUGCUGGUUCACUCCUCUGCAGUUCAGAUUUUGUCAGAUGAUGUGAAGUCCUUUGGUUACAGCACUGUACUCCAGCCUCUGCUGAAGGAUCUUGCCACCUUAGAAACAGAAGGUCUCUAUAUUCCCUCGCUUGGGAAAAAGAUAAAUGAAGAAUUCAAAAGAAUUACGACAGUGAGACUGGAGUCCACCUUCAUGGCACAACUGGACCACUGCAUUAGCAAACUAAUGGAGAUCGGGUCAGACCGAGGAGGAGCUACUGGACAGAAAAUACGAAAAAUAAGAGAGUGUCUUCUUCAGUCCAAAAACGUUGAGGUAGACGCUCGUCGAGAGGCAGCUAUUCGCGCCCUAAUUGUAUACUUACAUGAAAAAGAAGAGGACCUCUUUGCACAUUUUGAUAGCACUGAUGACUAUGAAGUGGGUUUUCAUCGCUUGACCAUGAGUAUUGCAAUCAUCGGAGAAGAAUCAUCUGCAACCAGGACCGGAGCAAUUGUGAUUGAAGGAACCCAAGUCAUCAUGGAAAAAAAUAUCCCAAGAGUUACUGUACACUUCAAAAACUCUGCCGAGAUCGGGAGCGGCAUGAGGCUGCGUCAGCCCUCGCUACAACAGCAGCGUCUAAGAGCGCCUUUCUAG